CUAAAACAACCAUGGAGACUAAUAAAAAAGGAAGGUAAUAACCCCAUUGUUGUGUGGGGAGAGUGGUGCCAACACACGCUUGCAACAAUUCAUUUCUCUGCUUCCGAUUAUCUCAUAGUACUUGGAUUCAUCUUCUCAAGAGCUUAGUUGCUGCUGACAGAAUGGGGUUAGGGCUAUUAGCUUCGCGCCUGAUCAGAACCCGAGCAGCAAACCCUAGAGAUCAGUACCUUCUCCUCCGUUCUAUCGUAACCAAACCUGAACUCCAAUCCCCAGAAUCAUCGGCGGCAGCUGCAGCACCACAGCCGGAACCAGAUCCUUUACCUCCACGGACACCGGUCGGAGGCGCGCGGGUCCACUUUCCCAACCCCGAGGACGCCAUAGAAGUGUUUGUCGAUGGAUAUCCGGUGAAAAUCCCCAAGGGAAUGACGGUGUUACAGGCUUGUGAAGUUGCAGGUGUGGACAUUCCUAGAUUCUGUUACCACAAUAGACUUUCAAUCGCCGGAAAUUGCCGUAUGUGUCUUGUUGAAGUUGAGAAAUCUCCAAAGCCUGUCGCUUCUUGUGCUAUGCCAGCUCUUCCCGGUAUGAAAAUUAAGACUGACACGCCCGUGGCUAAGAAGGCACGUGAAGGAGUGAUGGAGUUUUUGCUGAUGAAUCAUCCAUUGGAUUGUCCAAUUUGUGAUCAAGGUGGAGAGUGUGAUCUUCAGGAUCAGUCCAUGGCUUUUGGAUCUGAUCGUGGCCGUUUCACUGAAAUUAAGCGUUCUGUGGUUGAUAAGAAUCUUGGGCCUUUGGUGAAGACCGUCAUGACUCGGUGCAUUCAAUGCACAAGAUGUGUCAGGUUUGCGACAGAGAUCGCUGGAGUCCAGGAUCUGGGCAUGCUAGGUCGUGGCAGCGGAGAAGAAAUUGGGACUUAUGUCGAAAAGCUCAUGACUAGUGAACUUUCUGGAAAUGUUAUAGAUAUUUGUCCUGUUGGAGCCCUUACAUCAAAGCCUUUUGCAUUUAAAGCCCGAAACUGGGAGUUGAAAGGUACAGAGAGCAUUGAUGUCACUGAUGCAGUGGGAUCAAACAUCCGAAUAGACAGCAGAGGGCCAGAGGUCAUGCGUAUUCUUCCACGACUGAACGAGGACAUAAAUGAAGAAUGGAUAUCAGAUAAGACUCGCUUUUGCUAUGAUGGUUUGAAGAGGCAGAGGAUAAACGACCCCAUGAUUCGUGGAGCUGAUGGACGUUUCAAAGCUGUGAGCUGGCGUGAUGCCUUAACUGAAGUUGCAGAGGUUAUCCGUCAAGUAAAACCAGAGGAGAUUGUCGGAAUUGCUGGAAAGCUGUCCGAUGCUGAAUCAAUGAUAGCUCUGAAAGAUUUCUUAAACAGAAUGGGUUCAAAUAAUGUGUGGUGUGAGGGAAGUGGCCCAAGCCCCAAUGCUGAUCUACGAUCCAGAUACAUCAUGAAUAGCACCAUAAGUGGUCUUGAGAAGGCCGAUUUAUUCCUUUUGGUUGGCACCCAGCCAAGGGUAGAAGCUGCCAUGGUAAAUGCAAGAAUCCGCAAGACAGUUCGUGCAACCAAUGCAAAGGUAGGUUACGUUGGCCCACCCACUGAUUUCAACUAUGACUGUCAGCAUCUUGGCACUGGCCCUGAAACUCUUCUUGAUCUGGCUGAGGGCCGCCACCCCUUUUUCUCAACAAUCUCAAAUGCCAAAAACCCAGCAAUUAUUGUUGGUGCUGGAAUCUUUGAGAGGAGUGACAAUGAUGCUGUUUUCUCCGCAGUGGAGGCCAUUGCAAAGAAGGCAGGGAAUGUUGUGCGGCCUGAUUGGAACGGGUUUAAUGUAUUGCUCGUCAAUGCUGCCCAAGCUGCUGCCCUAGACCUUGGACUUGUACCAGAAUCCAGCGAGAGUGUGGGAUCCGCUAAGUUUGUGUAUCUGAUGGGCGCUGAUGAUGUGAACCUGGACAAGAUACCGAGCGAUGCCUUUGUGGUCUACCAGGGGCACCAUGGGGACCGCGGCGUGUAUCGUGCUAAUGUCAUUUUGCCUGCAGCAGCAUUCAGUGAAAAGGAAGGGACUUACGCUAACACUGAGGGGUGUGCACAACAGACCUUGCCUGCAGUCCCAACAGUUGGUGAUGCCAGGGAAGAUUGGAAGAUUAUUCGAGCUCUCUCUGAGGUAGCAGGGGCACGUUUGCCCUAUGAUUCACUUGGGGCCGUGAGAUCCCGCAUUAGUACUGUAGCUCCAAAUCUCUUGAGCUUAGACGAGAGAGAGCCUGCCACAUUUUGGCCAUCCUUGGAAUCGGAUUUCACUAACAAACUGGGUAAAACUACUCCAUUCAAGCCUGCAAUUGACAACUUUUACAUGACUGAUUCCAUCACCAGGGCUUCAAAGAUAAUGGCACAAUGCAGUGCACUUCUAUUGCAAAAGUGAGUGCUGGAUUAUUUGGAGCCUUUUUUAUUUAUUAAAUCAAUUGCAGAUUGAAUUUCCUUUUAAUCUUCAUUAAGCUAUGUGAUGUCCUGGGCAUGGGCGUAAGUUGUGGAACAAUCGGAAUACAUCUAAUAAAUAAUUUAGAUUCUUGUUUCUCUGUAAUCUCUGCACAAAUGUAAAAGCAUUUUCGAUGUAACCCUUUGUUGUAUUUUUUUGGACUUGAUAAUUUGUUUUAACAUGUUUUGCUCAAUUUUUAGAAAAGGGGUAAAGAAACAAGUAUACCCUUAUAUUAUGUAUGACAUAUAUGCCCCUGUUCUAUUUUUUGGAACAAUAAACUGAUAAAAUAGAAUUUUUGGUCUAAAA